UGUGGCCCCCGAGGGUGCGUGGCCCUGGCAGGUCAGUCUGACCUAUUUUGGUUUUCACUUCUGUGGUGGGUCACUCAUCAACAACCAGUGGGUGCUGACGGCUGCGCACUGCAUAGUUUUCAGUGCAGACGAAAUCGUAGUGCAUUUGGGUCGUCAGCGCCGCGAUGGUCCCAAUUCUAAUGAGGUCAACAGUACUGUCUCGAUGGCCAUCGUUCAUCCCGAAUACAACGCAAACACCUUCGACAACGACGUGGCCCUCCUGCUGCUUUCUUCACGGGUCCUCUUCACUGACUUCAUCAAGCCUGUCUGUCUGGCCUCAGCCACGAGCACCUUCUUCACCGGAACCGCCAGCUGGGUUACUGGAUGGGGCCGCAUCGGCGAUGGAAUUCCUCUGCCAACCCCAGGAGAACUGAUGGAAGUUAAGAUUCCAGUGGUUGGAAGCCGUCAAUGCUUUUGCGAAUAUUGCUUUAUUAAUAUCACCGAAAACAUGAUUUGUGCUGGCCUGAAUGAGGGAGGAAAAGGCGGAUGUCAGGGUGAUUCCGGUGGUCCCAUGGUGAGCAACGAUGGGUCCGUGUAUGUCCAGAGCGGGGUGGUGAGCUUUGGAGUACCUUGCGCUGUGCCAAGGUUCCCAACUGUCUUUGCACGGGUGUCCCAGUACCAAGACUGGAUCACCAACCAUACGGGUGUCGAGAACAUGCCGGGCUUCGUCACCUUCACGUCGCCGGGCACCGACUCGGACCUACAUGAGCGGCCUGGACAGCAAGCAAGUGCCAGAUGAUUCUGCCAAACACCAGUGAUACAUCAGCCAAGACAGCCACCCAUCAAGCCCUCGCAGCCAC